CCUGUCCACGGAGUUUACAGCUCACACGCCGUUGUUGAACGAGUUCUACAACUUCAGUACUAUUAGGACUACUACUACUACUACUUCGACUUCCACCAUCAUUGCUGCUACUAGUACUACCACUACUAGCUUACAACAAAGGCCAAAGUUGGCACACGUCGUGGUGUAGGAUAGCCGCAACCAGUCCGAAACUUUUUAUUUCAUGUUCCUUGGGUGAUCAAGAUGAAUUUGAGAGUCGUUUAAGUGUGCCAGUGGAAUUUUUUUGACGAGUAAAUCCCAUGGUUCAAAGUUGUGAUGAAGACCAACACCGCCAACUACAUCAGUUUUCCUAGCGGGAAGGCCUGCUUGAUGGAGGACCAAGAGACCUCCGUGUGUGAUUACUACUUCUCCUCUGGUGGAAGUUCAAUUAGCAAUGGCAGCAUGGGAUGUUGUGGCCGUGAUCUCAUUUUACCACACCAUCCAAAAUCAGCAGCAUUACCAAUCUCCGAUAAAGAUUCGACAAGGUCUUCCAAAUCCAGACGGUCCCAACAUACUUCCCCUGUUUCGGCAAAUAGCACCAAGCACAACCAUAACAGUAUUACUAACUGGUUGAACGCCUUGAAGCUGAAACGAUCACAGCACAAGCAGCAGCAACAACAACAACAACAUCAGCAACCUAUACAGCAACUUGGCGCUUCACUUUCAUCUGGAGAACAUUCGAGGAGCUCGUCGUUCCGCUCCAACGGCUCCAAUACAUCCUCAAACUCAAAAUUCAAACAGGGGGGUAAUACAACAUUCUCAAUUUGUCGGGCUCUCCGGAGAUCCGUUCCCAAGCGGCUCAAGCACAAAUCCAAAUCGGACAAUUGUCUCUACAAGAUCGACGCUAAUGUGAGUGGAUUAGAUGGAAGACAUCUUUCGUAUCAUGACUUGAGGCACCACCUCGUCCGAUCUCAAAUUUCUCAAGAUUCAGACUCCAGUGGUGGUAGCAGUGCUUGUGGACCAGUGAAUAAUUCCCACACCAACCGUUUUACCCGUAAGGUGUUCGACCUUACCAACGCUAUCUCGGCUCGAGUGCACCCUUCUUCAGCUCAAAAUCAAGGUCUUCAUAGUAAGAGUAGACUAAAGAAGACCCGCUCCUUAGAAAAGGACUUUCCAUUCAGGGUGGUUCAACCCAACCCAAAUAGAGCUUGGCAUCAUCGGGUGGAAGAGGAGUGCAAAAGACGGACACGAUCCUUGGAGAGAAACCAUCGUUACCUGGUCACGCUAGAUUCAUCUUGCAGCUAUUCCCGAGAAGUUGGAAGUACCCAAGUCAAUCUGGAUCUUCAUAACCUAUCAAAUAGAAGUGUUCACUUUCCCUCUCUUCACACUGUUCCCAAUAUUAUAAACCCACGGGAAGAAGUCGACAUACGUAAUCGAUAUCAACCAGAUCCAACUUAUAAACCACCAGCAAGAGCGUUGCCAACGCCGGUGAAACCCACCACGGGAGGAAAUAUCAAUAGGAGCACGCGGAGCAACAAAACUGGAAAGAAUCGAUCUGGUAGACAUCACAUUCACACUUGUUCCAAGCACUCGAUCCCGAUUCGCCCUGCAACCACUAUGAGUGCAGCAACAUCCAUUGUCAAUAAACCUGCUCGAGGUUGGCUCCAUCCCGACCAUUUAUUCGCUCAAGAUGGAGUGAAUUAUGCAGUUAGAUACAUCGGGUCCUUGGAAGUUAAUACAUCAAUGAAAGUCCUGGAUUUUGAUACUCGAUCUUCCAUUGCUAAGGAAUGCAUUAACCGAAUCUGUGAGGCAUCUGGAUUGAAAUCGACUGACAAGAAUCGGAGAGUCGAUCCAAAGAUUGCCUCAAUGUUGGGUCAAACACCGUGUAUGGACAAGGCUGGAGUCAAUGUUCAACUUACGAUCAUGGUUCUAUGGUUGAAACUGUCUGACUUGGAUUCUGGCGAAGCUAUUUUUGUUCAUGACAUGCCUAACAUAUCGUUUGCCUCUGGUGGUGAUGCGGAAACCUUAGAUUACGUUGCCUAUGUAGCCAAAGAUAAAAACAACGUCAGAUCAUGCUACGUGCUCGAAUGUGGUGGAGGAUUGGCUCAAGAGGUUAUCACCACCAUAGGCCAGGCUUUCGAGUUGAGAUUCAAGCAAUUUCUGAAACGGACGCCGGGGACAAUUUCACCGCCUUCCAGUCAAGGUCCGAAGCCUCCUCAUCCAUCCCGACAAACCUCAAGUUCAAUGUCGAUUCGAACGUCCAACCAAGAUGAAGUGGAAUAUUACAAUGACUUGCCAGGCAAAAGACCUCCACCUCCGCCACUAAUUUCACCGGCACAAGCCGUAAAAGAAUGGCACAAAAAAGAGUCUGCGAUCAGCAAUCUGAUUGAUUUCAACACCGAUAUCCCAGAAUGUGUCAAUGACGGUGUCAUUCAGAUCCACAACGCCUUUCAGCAUUCAUCCUCAUCCUCGGCCUCAUCCUCGCCCAAAAAGUUAUCCAGCAAUAUGUCGCCUCGCGAUCCGUUCGACAUGAGUCCAUUUGCCACUCAGCCACCUUGCGGAGGAAUUCCUUCUCCAGUAUCAAAAAAGGCGCCAAACUCCUUCUUUCAUUCAAAUGAUAAGUUAUUAUCACAGCUUUUGAAAGAAGAUUGGUUUCACGGCCCGGUUUCUCGGCAAGAGGCUGAAAAUCUGUUACAAUUGGAUGGCGACUUCUUGGUGAGAGAAUCCCAAGGCUCCAGAGGUCAAUAUGUCUUGACUGGGAUGCAGAAUAGUUCUAAAAAGCACCUCUUGUUAGUGGACCCUGAAGGAAUUGUUAGGACCAAAGAUCGGGCCUUUGAAUCGGUGAGCCAUUUGAUUGCGCAUCAUCGAGAUAACAAUUUGCCAAUAAUUUCCGCCGAAUCUGCUUUGAGACUCAAAAGAGCAGUUGUCAAACGUCACUGAAAUACCUGAAACCUCUUAAAACAAUCCUUAUUGGUAUUGAUCGUGUCCAAUUCUGAGUGUCGGGAGUAAAAGAUGUUUAUUCCCCCCAGAGUGUCCUUCGUGAAUUAUAAUUAAAGAUAUUCUUUUUA